ACAAUUAAUCAUUCCAAGUACAAUCAGGCAAAUUUCAUUUAGCUUGUCUCACUUUAUAUUAAUUGUUAUUAUUUAUUCAGGACAAUCAGUUGAUAAAAUUAUCACAUUUUUAGGUUUACAUGUUUUUAUUUACUUCUUCUCAUUUAUAUUACUUUACCAGAAUUAAUAAAUUGUCAUCUUCUAUUGUAACAAUUAACAGGUAAAUCUAAUUUAAAUGAACUUUCAACAAUUAGUUUGCCUUUUGAUCAUAUUUGUAUUUUAUCUGGUGAUUGGAGCAAUUGUUUUCAUGACUCUGGAAUCAGAGCAAUCAACAGAAUCAGUGGAAAUCCAGGAAAGGAGAACUUUAAUCCGAAUUAAAGAUAUUCUAUUGAGUAUGAAUCUAAAUAGUGGAUUGAAUGAUCGGAAACGCGAUAAAAUGUUGACUCUAAUCGAACGGGAAUUGACCUUCAACUCUGAAUAUUCAAUGAAAUGGGGCUUUUUUAAUUCCCUUUUCUUCACGAUAACGGUGGUCACUACUGUCGGCUAUGGUCAUUUGUCACCUUUGACCUCUUCAGGUCGCAUAUUUUGUAUAGUCUACUCGCUAUUGGGCAUCCCUUUGACCGGAAUAAUAUUGAACGAGAUCGGUGAUCGAUUUAGUGACUGUUUUCUCCAUGAGAUUAAUCGAAUAAAAAUCAAUUCGAAUCAUUUUCUUUCUGAUAAAAUUUUUAUUCUUCUUCGUGGUUUGAUUUUCUUUCUUUCCUGGUUCAUUGGAUUUAUUAUUAUUCCUGCUCUUGUUUUUCAUUCUAUCGAAGGUUGGACUUUCCUCGAAAGUUUCUAUUACUGUUUUGUUACCCUUUCGACCAUAGGAUUCGGUGAUCUAGUUCCAGGUCAAUUUGAUAGAAGAUGGAAUUGGAUUUAUAAGAUUAUAAUCGUUUGUUGGAUUAUCUUAGGAUUUGCUUAUUUAUCAAUGAUUCUUAAUUGUAUUAAAAAAGGAUUUCAAAGUGAACACUUAACGAAUGUUGUCCGCACAAUUAAACGUGUACCUAAAAAGUAUACCUGGACCAAGAAUUUUAAUCAGUUCAAAAUUACAAACCAAAUAUCCAAACGAUAAAAUCCCUAAAUCAAUAUACAAAUAAUUACUUAUCCCUUGCGAAAUUUAAAAUAAUUACAAUUAAAUUAAAUCACAAUUAAAUUCUUACCAAAGGGAUUGUAAGAAAACCUUUUCUUCAAAUCCAACAAAUCAAUUCA